AGGUUUACCCCGGGGCACAUUGCACGCAUGCAUGAUCAUCUUGUGUCUGAUUUGGAUGAUUGCAUGCUUGUGGACAUGCAUGGGCAUGAGUAUGCUCUUGAUCUUGAUAUCCAUCAUAUGGACGUCAAGACAGCCUUCCUCCAUGGGGAUUUGGAAGAAGAGCUUUACAUGCGGCAGCCUCCUGGUUUUGAUGAUGGGUCUAACCGAGUCCAGCUGGUUGGCUUCAGUGAUGCCGACUAUGCUGGAGAUUCCGCAAGUCGCAAGAGCCACAGUGGGAGGGUGUGUGGCUGAGGCGUUUGUUUGGGGAGUUUGGCCAUGCUCAUGCUGGUGGUGUGCCUGUGUUUGUGGACAAUCAGUCUGCCAUUGCCCUUGCACAGAAUGCAUGCUUGCAUGGCCGCACCAAACACAUGCAGGUCCGGUGGCAUUUCAUUCGGGAGAUGGUGGCUGCGGGAGAGGUGAUUUUGCAGUGGUGCCCCACCAACCGUCAGGCUGCUGAUAUCCUUACCAAGU